UCUCAGUACAUGCUAAUGUACAGUGUAAACAACACAGAAAGUAAGGGAAGAAUAUGCAGACAGAAAAGAUAACAUGAAAGCUAAGGCCUCACAGUUCUGUAGUCGACAGUACAAAGUUCUGUCCUAAUGAUUUUGCUCCGAAGACACAAAACUCUGUCUCUUGUGCUGUUUUAUCUUCUGUCACCUUUUGUGUUUUCCAAGACUUGACAUUGAAUCUCUCUCAGCUGAUGAGAUUACGAUCAGUUUUUCUUGCUUUCUAUUUGCUGGUGCUGUCCUUGAGUGAGGCGGGUGGAUGAAGGGAGGCCCAGCUAUGUUAAAAAGGAUGCCGGGACUAACAUUAUCCUCUGCACCCUUUCAGAUGUUCACAAACAGUGAUGAGGCAGUCAUCAAUAAAAAGCUGCCUAAGGAGCUGUUGUUACGAAUCUUCUCCUUUCUGGAUGUGGUGACACUCUGUCGCUGUGCCCAGGUCUCUCGGUCCUGGAAUGUUCUGGCUUUGGACGGCAGCAACUGGCAACGAAUCGACCUCUUUGACUUUCAGAGGGACAUUGAGGGCCGGGUGGUGGAGAACAUCUCAAAGCGAUGUGGAGGGUUCCUUAGGAAGCUGAGUCUGCGGGGUUGCCUGGGUGUGGGUGAUAGUGCCCUCAGGACUUUCUCGCAGAACUGCAGAAACAUUGAGCUACUUAGUCUGAAUGGCUGCACUAAGAUCACUGACAGCACGUGUAAUAGUCUCAGUAAGUUCUGUCCAAAGCUGAAGCACCUGGACCUCGCCUCCUGUACCUCAAUCACCAACCUGUCACUCAAAGCUCUCAGUGAGGGUUGUCCCCUGCUGGAGCAGCUGAACAUCUCCUGGUGUGAUCAAGUCACCAAGGAUGGCAUCCAGGCCCUGGUGCGUUCCUGCCCUGGACUCAAAGGCCUUUUCCUCAAAGGAUGCACACAGCUAGAGGAUGAAGCUCUGAAGCAUAUCGGGGCUCACUGUCCAGAGUUGGUCACACUCAACUUGCAGACAUGCUCACAGAUCACAGAUGAGGGCCUCAUCACAAUUUGCCGGGGUUGUCAUCGCCUGCAGUCUCUGUGUGUGUCGGGCUGUGCCAAUAUCACAGAUGCCAUCCUGCACGCCCUGGGACAGAACUGCCCUCGCCUCAGAAUAUUAGAAGUGGCUCGUUGCUCUCAGCUUACAGACAUGGGCUUCACUACAUUAGCAAGGAAUUGUCAUGAGCUUGAGAAGAUGGAUUUAGAAGAAUGUGUGCAGAUCACAGAUGGAACACUCAUCCAGCUGUCUAUCCACUGCCCUCGAUUGCAAGUCCUGAGCCUGUCUCACUGUGAGCUCAUCACUGAUGAUGGCAUCAGACACCUCGGCAGCGGCCCCUGUGCUCACGACCGCCUGGAGGUGAUCGAGCUGGACAACUGCCCCCUGAUCACAGAUGCCUCAUUGGAGCACCUGAAGAGCUGCCAUAGUCUGGAUCGCAUUGAGCUCUAUGACUGCCAGCAGAUCACCCGCGCUGGCAUCAAGAGACUAAGGACCCAUCUGCCUAACAUCAAAGUGCAUGCAUAUUUUGCUCCCGUCACUCCGCCCCCCUCCGUUGGGGGAAGCCGUCAGAGGUUUUGCCGCUGCUGUGUCCUCCUAUGAUGUAAAGACAACAACCCCCUCUUUCCUCUCCCGUGUCCGUCGUACACGCUCCCCGCAGCCCAUCACUUGACCCUUGACCUGCUGUCCCCAUACCCCUGUCACAGAGUACUUGCUGGUGUGGCCCCCCCACCCCGCCCUUUGAGCUGCAGAGAGAGGGAGAGAGCAAAAUAACGCCACAGGGUCUCGGGUAACUUUCCCAAAAAACAUUCCCGAAUCUCUCCACCACACACAUACAGUACAUACACAACUUUUACACAUGCUGCUAUGCAGACACACUUACAUACACACAGAUUAACUCUUAGAAGAAUGUCACAACAUUCCUGCUCUGUGUUCAGUGGACAAACCAGUAUUACAAAGAGGGUUAUGGAAAAAUCAAAUGUGAUCACCACUGAGGGUUUUAACUCUUCAUCAAAUGAAGUACAAAAAAAAUUGUUUAAGGAAUUACAUGACAAGAUCUUCACAUCAAAAAAUAAAAAUCUGAAUUCGAAGGGAGCUAUAUAAAUCCCUCUUAACCUCUCACACAUACUUCCUUCCAUAUUGAAGGUCACUUAACAGCUACCUCUAGAUGGGAACUGCACUUGAGACCUGCGUUAGCUUUGUUCUGCAGGCUGUUUAUUUCAAAAAGGGGCAGUGAUGCAGUCAGUAAACUGCCAAAAGCCCCAACUUACACAGAGAAAGCAGUCAAAAGCCUAUCUUGUGAUUUAAGAAGAGAAAAAAAAAAAAAAGCAUACUUGCAGCUAUUUGCACUUACAGUAAAGCAAUGAUGAGACACUUUACCAAGACGGCCAUAUCAGAAUUUAGGACUGGCAUUUUACUAA